AUGAAAACACCGCUAAGGCAACAUGAAUACACAGCAAAGACAAUUGCCCCCUCCCCUACCUCACCAUCCCCUACUGCCCCCUCCCCUACCUCACCAUUCCCUACUGCCCACUCCCCUACCUCACCAUCCCCUACUGCCCCCUCCCCUACCUCACCAUCCCCUACUGCCCACUCCCCUUCCUCACCAGCGCCUACUGCCCACUCCCCUACCUCACCAUCCCCUACUGCCCCCUCCCCUUCCUCAACAUUCCCUACUGCCCACUCCCCUACCUCACCAUCCCCUACUGCCCACUCCCCUACCUCACCAUCCCCUACUGCCCACUCCCCUUCCUCACCAGCACCUACUGCCCACUCCCCUACCUCACCAUCCCCUACUGCCCCCUCCCCUUCCUCAACAUUCCCUACUGCCCACUCCCCUACCUCACUAUCCCCUACUGCCCCCUCCCCUACCUCACCAUCCCCUACUGCCCACUCCCCUACCUCACCAUCCCCUACUGCCCCCUCCCCUUCCUCAACAUUCCCUACUGCCCACUCCCCUACCUCACCAUCCCCUACUGCCCCCUCCCCUACCUCACCAUCCCCUACUGCCCACUCCCCUUCCUCACCAGCGCCUACUGCCCACUCCCCUACCUCACCAUCCCCUACUGCCCCCUCCCCUUCCUCAACAUUCCCUACUGCCCACUCCCCUACCUCAUCCCCAUCCCCUACCUCACCAUCCCCUACUGCCCACUCCCCUUCCUCACCAGCGCCUACUGCCCACUCCCCUACCUCACCAUCCCCUACUGCCCCCUCCCCUUCCUCAACAUUCCCUACUGCCCACUCCCCUACCUCACUAUCCCCUACUGCCCCCUCCCCUACCUCACCAUCCCCUACUGCCCACUCCCCUACCUCACCAGCCCCUACUGCCCCUUCCCCUUCCACGCCAGCCCCUACUGCCCCCUACCCUACCUCACCAGCCCCUACUGCCCCUUCCCCUUCCACGCCAGCCCCUACUGCCCCCUACCCUACCUUGCCAGUCCCUACUGCCCCCUGA